AUGGCCCACACACACGGGGCCCACACAUACGUGGCCCACACACACGUGGCCCACACACACGUGGCCCACACAUACGUGGCCCACACACACGUGGCCCACACACACGUGGCCCACACAUACGUGGCCCACACACACGUGGCCCACACAUACGUGGCCCACACAUACGUGGCCCACACACACGUGGCCCACACAUACGUGGCCCACACACACGUGGCCCACACACACGUGGCCCACACAUACGUGGCCCACACACACGUGGCCCACACAUACGUGGCCCACACAUACGUGGCCCACACACACGUGGCCCACACAUACGUGGCCCACACACACGUGGCCCACACACACGUGGCCCACACACACGUGGCCCACACAUACGUGGCCCACACACACGUGGCCCACACACACGUGGCCCACACAUACGUGGCCCACACACACGUGGCCCACACACACGUGGCCCACACACACGUGGCCCACACAUACGUGGCCCACACACACGUGGCCCACACAUACGUGGCCCACACAUACGUGGCCCACACACACGUGGCCCACACAUACGUGGCCCACACACACGUGGCCCACACACACGUGGCCCACACACACGUGGCCCACACAUACGUGGCCCACACACACGUGGCCCACACACACGUGGCCCACACAUACGUGGCCCACACAUACGUGGCCCACACACACGUGGCCCACACACACGUGGCCCACACAUACGUGGCCCACACAUACGUGGCCCACACAUACGUGGCCCACACAUACGUGGCCCACACACACGUGGCCCACACACACGUGGCCCACACAUACGUGGCCCACACACACGUGGCCCACACAUACGUGGCCCACACAUACCUGGCUGGUGAUACCUGUUACCAGCAUAAACUACCAAGUGAAGUUCUGCAGCAGUUUGGCACCACAGCAGCGUACAGCUUCAAGGCCUCUCCAUCCUCCUGCUGGUUCCAGCUCCGUCACAAUGCAGUUGGACAGUGA